AUUGUCUUACUCCAGCAACUAAAGUCCUGGCGACAUCUACAAAGCUAAAACUCAAACUUUCUUCUUCUUCGUACUGUCCGCCUCCUCGCUUCUUAAUCUUCCUUCUUCAUAUCACAAAUCCUCCAAACUCUGCCUUCCUCUUCCUGCCCCUUCCCGUCUCCGUUUAACCGCCGUGUGUCCGCCACCGGUAACAACAAUGUCACAGUCUCUCCAUUUCUCACCGAACCUCACUUUCGCCAAACAACCUUUCCCUAAGCUCCCUCUCCCAUUCCCAACCUCCAAUUCCCGGUAUCCAGUCAAUAAUUAUAAAUCACUCUCAAUCAAAGCGUCCACGUCGCCGUCAUCAUCAUCAGAUCCUCAAGUUUUAGUUGCGGAUAACGGAACAGGGAACAGCGGCGUUUUGUAUAAUAAUAACAACAAAUCAGUUACAGUUUCUGAUCCGAGCUCAAUUGAAGUUGACGCCGUGACGGAGACGGAGUUAAAAGAGAAUGGAUUCAGGAGUACACGUAGGACAAAGCUAGUGUGUACGAUAGGACCAGCGACUUGUGGAUUUGAAGAGCUGGAAGCGUUAGCAGUAGGAGGAAUGAAUGUAGCGAGAAUUAAUAUGUGUCAUGGAACACGUGAGUGGCACAAGAGUGUAAUUGAACGUGUUAGGAGAUUGAAUGAAGAGAAAGGUUUUGCUGUUGCUAUUAUGAUGGAUACUGAAGGUAGUGAAAUUCAUAUGGGUGAUUUAGGUGGUGCUUCUUCUGCUAAAGCUGAGGAUGGUGAAAUCUGGACUUUUAGUGUCAGAGCCUAUGAUUCUCCUCGCCCAGAGCGCACCAUCAAUGUUAACUAUGACGGUUUUGCUGAGGAUGUGAAAGUUGGGGAUGAGCUACUUGUGGAUGGUGGAAUGGUUAGGUUUGAGGUGAUUGAGAAAAUUGGCCCAGAUGUCAAGUGCCGAUGUACUGAUCCUGGACUGUUAUUACCACGAGCUAAUUUGACUUUCUGGAGGGAUGGGAGUCUUGUUAGAGAACGUAAUGCAAUGCUUCCAACAAUUUCCUCUAAGGAUUGGUUAGAUAUUGACUUUGGUAUCGCAGAGGGUGUUGAUUUUAUUGCAAUAUCUUUUGUCAAGUCUGCUGAAGUGAUUAAUCAUCUUAAAAGCUACAUUGCUGCAAGGUCUCGUGACAGUGAUAUAGCUGUCAUUGCUAAGAUAGAGAGUAUUGACUCAUUGAAGAACUUAGAAGAGAUCAUUCGAGCAUCAGAUGGAGCUAUGGUAGCAAGAGGAGAUCUGGGUGCUCAGAUACCAUUGGAACAGGUUCCAUCAGCCCAGCAAAACAUUGUUCAGGUCUGCAGGCAGCUAAAUAAGCCAGUCAUUGUUGCUUCUCAGUUACUUGAAUCAAUGAUUGAAUACCCUACACCCACCAGAGCAGAAGUGGCUGAUGUUUCUGAAGCUGUUAGGCAACGGGCUGAUGCUUUGAUGCUCUCUGGUGAGUCAGCCAUGGGCCAGUACCCCGAGAAGGCAUUGGCUGUUCUCAGAAGUGUCAGUGUGAGAAUUGAGAAGUGGUGGAGAGAAGAGAAGCACCAUGAAGCAAUGGAACUCCCAGCAAUUGGAUCCACUUAUUCCGACUCUAUUUCAGAGGAGAUUUGCAACUCUGCUGCCAAGAUGGCGAACAACUUGGGGGUGGAUGCACUUUUUGUGUAUACAAAAGAUGGUCACAUGGCAUCUCUCUUGUCUCGUUGCCGGCCUGACUGCCCAAUCUUUGCUUUUACAACUACCACAUCUGUACGGAGACGCCUGAAUUUACAGUGGGGCCUGAUUCCCUUCCGCCUGAGCUUUGCUGAUGAUAUGGAAAGCAACCUUAACAAAACCUUCUCUUUGCUCAAGGCUAGAGGAAUGAUCAAAUCGGGUGAUCUUGUUAUAGCUGUUUCAGACAUGUUACAGUCCAUCCAAGUUAUGAAUGUUCCUUAGAAUUUAUUUUAGAUCGCUGACGCCAUUUCAACCCUUCAUCUAGACUGCCUUAUCUAUUAUUUGCUAUGUCCAUCGUUACUAGUUCUGCAAUUUGGUUACUGCUGGAAAGAUUUGCUGGAAAGGAAACGGAGAGUAACUGUGAGUUCAUCAUGUUUUCACCUGGCUUUAUGCUUGUUAUUUCAAGGAGAGCCUCCUAUUUUUCAAAAUGGUUGGUUGGGAUUAUUCCAUUUUUGGCAGGUAAUCACAAUUUUACCCAGUGACUUCACUUUGCUUAGGUUGAGAGUGAUCUAUUGGUUAAUGUACCAAAGAAGAUAGAGCUGUAAUUACAAACAGUAUGCGUGUACUAGUAUGCUAUUUACCAGCUUGAAUUAAUGGUUCAACAAAUGCUUAGACUAA